AUGUGGAUUAUCUCAUUCUGGGUGUUUCCGGUCAUCUCGGCCUGCAUGUGGGUUGCGAUGUUGAUUGCCAUGCUCGUGACAUGGGUCAGAGAUGGCAAACCCAUCUACCCAUGUAUGCGUAAUGCCGAUGGCUCCACGGAUGGUCAGACCGUUGCAUACAUCUCCGACGUGGGUGCCUAUGGUGCACAGCCCCUGUUCAUCACUGGUAGUGUGAUCACCGUCGUCUUCCUAGAUCUGGCCUUAUUGGCGGAGCGCUGGCUGCGACACUCAGGCCAACUGGUUCCAAACAAGGGAUGGUUUGACAAGAUCUGUUCAAUCCUCUCUAUCUUCUUUGCCGUGGCUGGUGCUCUUGGUCUCAUCCUCUUGUCUAUUUUCGACACGGCUGAUUACCCGAACUUGCACGAUGGAUUCCUAGUCAUGUUCAUUGUGGGAUAUCUGAUCAGUGCAAUCCUGAUCUGUGCCGAGUAUUUACAUAUGGGACUCUUCUACCGGUCCCAGCACCGCAUUCUCAUGGUCAGCUUUGUAAUCAAGCUGAGCUUUGUGAUUAUUGAGAUUGCCCUUGCCAUCGCAUUCGGUAUUUGUAUGAAGAGUAGCGAUCGUGCGAAGAAGAACCCCGGUGCCAUCAUUGAAUGGGUGAUUGCCUUCGUCUUCACUGGUUAUAUUCUUUCGUUCGUCAUUGAUCUGCUGCCCUCGGUCCGCACUCGGAGACACCUGCCUCAGGGUGAGAAGCGGUCUACCAUGUCGCAGUCUCACACCGAUGAUGAUGUGCCGCAGGCCUCUUUGGAAGAGCCUUUGACCGUUGACUCAGCCCACUAUUACCGCGGUCAGCGCGUCUAG